GCAUAUGGUCAAAACUGCAAUAUGAGUCUACGGGAAGUACCAUCAUUUCAACAAAUGCACUCUAUACAAAUCAAUUUUCGUAGUAAAAACCCGUGGAAUAUACAAAAUCUACUUAUAUCCUGAGACUAGGCUUAUCGAGGCACAGACUAGGCCGAAUUAGGUGUAAAAUGCCGCGUCGAAAAGUGAGGAAAAAGGGCUCAGCGCGGGGAGGAGACAGUAGUGAGGGAGAUACUGAGGAGACGGGCAGCGUCGUCAGCAGUCAUCUCUCCGAGCCAGACAGCAUCUUGGAGGAAGGACCUGAGCUGGCUGACAAUGUCCGUGUGGAUGAGACGGACGCACAGGAGCGCUUUGAAGAGAAGAUCAAGGAGUACAUAGACGGGACAACACAGAAGAGUGUGAAUGGACGUAAAGAUUGUCUAGAGGGACUCAAGAAAUCUCUGAGUCGGAAGGUCUUGACAGAUUUCAUAGAGCAGCGGAAAGUUACCAUCUCAGACUGUGUGGAGCGCUGCAUCAAGAAAGGCAAGAGUGAGGAGCAGGCGUUGGCUGCUAGCGUCGGUACUCUGCUCUUGAUCCAACUAGGUGCUGGGGAUGACAGUGAGGCUAUCUUCAAUGACCUCUUACCUCUCCUCAAGACCACCCUGGCAGACAAGACGGUGGCCCCAAAAGGCCGAGCUAGUUGUGCCUUGUUUCUGGGUCUGGGUUGCUUCUUAGCUGCAGACAACUACGAGACGGUGCUGGACUGCAUGGUGGCUUUGGAGCACGUGUUUAGCCUGUCGUACCUGAAGGGAGACGGCACAGUUCCCUCGCACACUCCUGCUGUCACGGCCUUGCACUGCGCUGCACUGUCCGCCUGGACGCUGUUGCUGUCCAUUGCCCCUCCCGCCCGUGUGCCCCAACUUGUUGAUAGUCAUUUAGGUAAACUUCCGACUUUGCUGCACAGUGACGAUGUGAAUCUGAGGAUAGAAGCAGGAGAGUCCAUAGCCAUGUUCUAUGAGCUAGCCAGAGAGCAGAAUGAAGACUUUGACAUGGAUAACGUUGAUGAGUUACUGGUCACCCUGCGCGGCCUUGCGACGGACAGCAACAAGUAUCGGGCCAAGAAAGACAGAAGACAGCAACGCUCCAGUUUCAGAGACAUCAUGAGGACAAUAGAGGACAAUGACAUCCCGCAUGAGAUCAUCAAGUUUGGGCCGGAGAUUCUGGAACUGGACGGUUGGGUCAAGAAGCAGCAGUACGUGGCCUUCCGUGAGGUGCUGGGCUCGGGGACCAACAUCCACCUGCAGGAGAACCUGCUGCUCCGAGACAUCUUUGGCCUGGGGGCUCCCAUCAUCACGUCGGGACCCGGUGCUCCCAAGAGAGCCAACCGUUCAGAGAGGCAUCACUACAAUUCCCAAGCCUUCAAAGCCAGAACCAAAGUCCGGAGCAAGCAACGGGACAAGCGAUCAUAUAACCCUAGUUAGCGCGUGUGAACUUCAUGUUGAAAAUAUUCAAGGCUUGAGCUUACAUACCAAGGUCAGGUGGAGACCUGACCUUGGUAUGUAAGCACAGGUGCAGUUUCUUAUUAAGUGCCCCGGCCUUAUAGCUAGUUGGCUUUUUCACUGUAUGUGAUCGAAGUCAUGCACGGAAUGUCAUUGCUGGUUUAAUGGUGUGUCAUUCUUGACUGGAUUUUCAUUAGACAGAUGGGAACCAGUCUCAAUAGACCCCACUACCAAAUGCUUCUCUGAGCUUUCAGUAUUUUUUACAGUGUGUUAUGGAUGAUAAAAGUCUAUGAUUAAGGACAAAUUGUUUUGUCCUUUUCUCGUUUUUCGUCCAAUGGUGUUCCAUUGUGUUUGCUUGAGAAUUAUUUUUUAGUGUGGCAGGUUACCACCAGCUGUGCCGAGUUGUUUGUUGGAACGGAUAUUUUUCCAGAUGAAAGAAUGAAAAUGGCAUAAUCUGGGUUGAAGAUACCUGAAAUAUGACAGAUCCCAUCAAAAUGUAGGUUGCUUUUUUUCAGACCUCCUCAGCCAUGAAUUUCAGUGAUUUGUUUUUAGUAAAAAAUAAAUGAAUGAAAAUGUUCCAUACUAGGCACACUCAGUGGGGAAAAUGAAGUUUACAGUGGCUAUAGCAGCUGAAGCAAUUCUUGAGUCUUGACAUCUUAUAUCCUUUCUUUUCAUUCUUUAGUAAAUAAUAUUUUGCUGUGAACAUCCCUUUUAUUUCUUGAGUUCUGAAAUGGAAGGGGAGGGCUGUUACAGGUGAAUCUAAUCAAAGAUUUGUACAUAUAUUAUCUUUUUAAUUAAAUUAUAUUCAGUGUUUUGUGAUAAUUGCGGAAAUUUAAAAAAAAAAUGCACUGUAAGUUUUCUUGUCCGCUAGUAUUUUUUCCCCCAGCAAAUGUUGUCUGGAGACGAUUCUGACAUAGUGAGCUUAUAAUCAUGCAGUAAAUUACCUAAAACAAAGGUUUCUAGAAAUGCAUGCUGAGGAGUAAUUCCUUGAUGCACAGUUUUCUGCAUGGUGUCAUUUUGACUCACAUUAAAGGUCACUGUUUCAGAGUUUGAAAUGUAAUGUAAUUUAAAUUGAUGCAUCAGAAUUCAAACAAGGGACACAAGUAUGCCUUUUUUUUUCAACCCAGUUGGAGGUUUUUAACCAGUUUCGGUCCAGCAAGAAAUUGUCAGGAUUUAAAAUGAAUCAAACCCCAAGAUAAUCAUCUUUGGGUCUUUUGUGUCAUGAAAGGCAACAGAAAUGUUCCAUUUUCAGGUCUGUGUCCUCAAAUCUGAAGUUUGAGCAAUAGUAUUGUAAUGAUUUGGAAAGAAGGUACAUAAUGUUGGCAUGUGCGUCCUUUAUCUUGUACUUUUGGCUCCUUGGAUAAAUACUGCGUCUCAUGCCCACUGCCAGUUAUUGUAAAAGUACCUCUCUAGUAGGCUGUGCUAUUAAAAGUCCUGCCAUUGGCUCAUGUAUGUGAAGGCAACAGGUUCAUGUUGACAUUUUACUCAGCUGAAAAAGUCUACAUGUAUAUGGGAAUGGGGGAGGGUUACCAUAUUCUCCUCUCUCCUGAAAAAUGGUUUUUGGUGAAGAGCAAGGUUUCCUUAUUGUUUGAAGAAUUUUUCCAAAUUCUUUUCCCGUUUUCUUUCACGUAAAUGUCAAUUUACUUCUUGUUUCUACAGAAUUUUUCAACAGUAAACAAAUUUGUGACAAGAACAAAAAUCAUUCAGAAUUGUUUACACUUUUCCUUGUCAAUCCCCCCACCCCAUACCCUCGGUCCCAUGCUUGUAAACUGUUGAAUUCUCCAUACACCGUUAGGUGUGCAAGCUUGGUUUGCUUUGAGUAGGUGGUUACCUGUAAUGUGUAAAAUAGCUGUUCAGUUAGGUAUUUAAGAUAAUUGUUAGUACGUAAAAUACCAAGAUAGAAAUGUGAGGUGAUUUUAAUAAACAGAAAACAUAUCUUCAUGUU